AUGACGAUAAUAGAGGGAAAUGUUGAUGCAUCCGAGCAGUGCGUAGAUUUAGCCAGCAAAGAAAUAUCCAAUGGCAAUCUAGAGAAGGCAGAGAAACUACUUGUUAAAGCUUUAAAAUUAUAUCCAACAAAUAAGAAGGCAGAAUUAAUUUUGGAAAAAUUAAAGGCAGGCAAGUUCAACGAUAGAUCACAAGCCAAAGGCACUACAAAGACAACAACUGAUGGAUUACAUCAAAGAAGAAGACCAACAACUGCUCCAAAAGUUGAAGAACCAAAAUUAGGCGAAGAUUAUACGCAAGAACAAUUGGAAACUGUUCAAAAGAUAAAGAAAUGUAAGGAUUAUUAUGAAGUUUUGGGAAUUACAAAAGAAUCCACAGAUUCAGAGAUUAAAAAGGCAUACAAAAAAUUAGCCUUGCAAUUACAUCCAGAUAAGAAUAAGGCACCAGGGUCGGUUGAGGCAUUUAAAGCUAUUGGAAACGCAGUUGCUGUUUUAACUGAUGCUGAAAAGAGAAAGAAUUAUGACUUGUAUGGCAAGGACGAGCAGAGUAUUCGUCGUACAAACAGCUUUAAUACAUACAAUGGAUUUAGGACACAUGAAUAUGCAUACGCAAGAGGUUUCGAAUCAGAAUUUACAGCAGAAGAGCUGUUUAACAUGUUCUUUGGUGGUGGAUUUCCCCAACAAGCAACUCAGACACGUUAUCGUCGAUAUCAACAUCAUAAUGAAGCCCAAUCAGGACAAUCAAGUCUUGCUUUCGGUUUAAUUCUCUUAUUUAUUAUCGUUUCAAUGUUAUCAACUUUCUUUCAAUCUGAUCCCAUGUAUAACUUAUCACCAAGCUCUAAAUAUCCAGUUGAACGAAAAACACUCAAUCAUCGUAUACCUUACUAUGUAAAGGAGAACUUUGGUACUGAGUAUCAAGGAUCGUUAGGAAGGCUAGAAAGUGCAGUCGAGGAAGAGUAUAUAUUGAAUAUGAAGCGAGCGUGCUUUAGUGAAAAGAACUAUCGAGAAGCAAUGAUGUCAAGGGCACGAAGUUUCGGAAGUAGGACUCAAUAUGCUCAAGCUCAAGCGCUAAAAACGCCUUCAUGCGAUGCGCUUUAUAGGCUGGGAGUCUCGGGUAGAACGGCAUACUAG